GUUUCUCCGUCAUUACUGGAGACAAAAACAAGUGUUUUGAUUCAACCAACACCAAGACACCCACCACCUCCUUCCUCCCUAAACUUUUUAUAUGCUCCAAAUGACUGUAAAUCCUUACCACUUUCCUCUUGUUUUCAACACUCCAAAACAGCCCUUUCACCUCACCUCUCUCCGAUGGCCUUCUCAUCCUCCUCUCUCUCACCUCUCCCCUCCAUUUCCUCCAUUGAUCAGCCCACAAGACCUUCAACAACAAGAUCUACUAUCUUUGGUUCCAAGCCGAAACUGAGCGUAAUUGAGCAGACCCAUGUGACCAAUUUGGCUUCUUUGAACAGCAGUCAAUCUCUGAGAUUAAAAGCUUCAAGAGAGUCUCCAGGAGUGACUCAGGAACUUAAAAGCAACAGACUGGAGAGUAUAGCAGAAAUUGAAAACAGAUAUGAUGUCUUCGAUGAAAUGAAACAUCGGUUUUUAAGUUUCAAAAAGCACAAAUAUUUGGAAAAUUUAGAAUGCUUUCAAAAUCUGGCCAUAGCUCAGGCACCGAAGUUCAUGGUUAUUGCUUGUGCUGAUUCUAGAGUUUGUCCCUCCAAGAUCCUGGGAUUUGAACCAGGAGAAGCUUUUAUGGUUCGAAACGUGGCAAAUCUGGUGCCUCUGUAUGAGAAUGGACCCACAGAAACAAAUGCUGCUCUUGAGUUUGCUGUAAAUACUCUUGAGGUUGAAAAUAUUCUAGUCAUUGGCCACAGCUGCUGUGGGGGAAUUCGUGCCCUUAUGGGUAUGGAAGAAGAAGUAGACUCAAGUAGCUUCAUUAAAAGUUGGGUUAUUGUUGGGAAGAAUGCAAAGUUAAGAACCAAGGCUACUGCUUCCAAACUUAGCUUUGAUCAGCAGUGCAGAAACUGUGAAAAGGAAUCCAUCAACUGUUCAUUGUUGAACCUUCUCACUUACCCAUGGAUUAAAGAACGAGUGGAAAGAGGAAUGCUUUCAAUUCAUGGUGGCUACUACGACUUUGUCAACUGUACUUUUGAGAAAUGGACUCUGGACUACAAGGGGAGUAGUACAAAUGAGGAAAGUGGCAGAUACCUGGUCAAGGACAGAGUAUUUUGGGCCUGAAUUUUGCUUUGAUCUUCCCAUUCCCCCUUUCAGUCUGUUUGUUUUUAUUUGUCUAUUUAUUUACAUUUCCUUCUUCUGGUAAGUGCAUGUUUAAUGGAACUGUUUGAAAUGAUAAAAUUGAUAUGCAAUGUAGACAAGUCAAGGUGUGAGACCAUAAAGUUCAUGUAAGAAUAGAGAAUGAAAAUAAGAAAUUAAUUAUAUUUUCA